AUGGCAUCUCCUCCCUCCAUCAUCGCUUCUGUUGAAGACGUGACCACGCCUAUGCGUCUGCUCUGCAAAGACAUUGUGGAUGGCGUGAUUGACUCAACCUUCGCUCAAAUGGUCACCCAGGAGGGCCCGCUGCGACACUUGAUGGACAGCCAAGGACGCCUCCCAGUGUUGGCAAAUGGUAUCUGGCGUCGAGUCUUCACACCUCGCCACGGCCCAGCUUGGAACUCGAGCCUCCCCAUCCCCGACCUUGACCUCCCAAAACUCCUGCCGUCUGAUCUCCGUAUCCAGGCUGGCACUUUGCUGGUCGACGCAGCUCCCGCCGACACGAACCGCCGCUUCUUCCCUUGGAAUGUCCGCCUCCUCGACCCUCCUCCCAAGCGAGCUCGCCGCUGUGGCCAGGACGUCUUCCUUGAGCCGCGACACGAUCCCGAGAGCGAAGAUAGGGUCCAGUGGUUUUGGAGCGACCUAGACGGCAAAGCCGUCGACCCUCGAGUCACCUUGGUCCAUGUCAUCAACCGGGAGGAUGUGCUUAUGAAAUUUCGCCGGGCUGCCGUCGCGUCAAGAGACGGAACCAUGUUCAGGCAUGCUUUCAACCACAACCUCGAGUUGGGCAUAUACCGGAUCAGGUGCCGGCUGACUGCCUUCAUAGCCUCAAGUUUCUCCCAGGAACUGAUGCCUCCGUUGAGUGAUGGCGAAGAAUUCUUCAGCCCGACGUACAUGGCAGCAGCCUUUCGCCGCGAGCUGUCAGCCAGCUCUGACCCUGACCCGGAUGCUGAGGCACGGGCGAGGACUAAUGCCACCCAGGUGGUGAUGCUAUACAAGUAUUACUAUGAGGGGAAAGAAAUGUUAUGGCUCUGA